AUGUUUGCACUUAAGUCGCUCUCGUCGUACCUGUUCGGAAAGACCGACAAGCAGAACAUCGUCGAGCUUCCCCAAGGCCAGCUUUACAUCGUUCGCCCACAGUCGCCCAAAGGCUACAGCGAACUCAUCUUCAGGGACGCUGCGGCAUACAUUCGCAAGACCGGCCAAGACUUCCAGUAUCAGCUGGUCAUCCAGCGCGCCUACGAGGAGGGUGAAGAAGAGCUGCUAGAGGACGAAGGUGGAGAGGACGCGGCAGUUGACGCUCUUGGAGAUAAGGACGAGAAGACAUUUCUCUUGGACGAAGAGCUUCACUUUCGCGUGCAGCUGAAAGAGGACGGAGAGAUCGUCCUUGCUUGGCACGACCUGUCCGGAGACGAAGGCGACCUAUUUGAAUUCGUUUGCACUGCUUCUACGCUCCCAGAGACCGCAAUCAGCUUCGAGGUUGUCGCAGCGCAGUGUCAGUACGAACGCAAGUACAGACGGAGCCACGAACACGCGACUGAGCAAGAUCUGAAGCAAUUCGCAUUCGACGACGAGCCAGAAAUUCCGGCGGCAAGCCCUGUUGCCAGCGCAACCAUUUCGCCGGUCGCGCGCUCCUUGACCGACGUUCGCGACGCUUCUGCAUCCCCACAAACCUCCACGACGGAAGUGGUCAUGCCUGUCCGCAAGGCGAUCGAGCAGACUCCCACCAAGGCGCCUGCCCCACGGCAGGUGCCGCAGAGCCGGGAGGUGCUUGCAGACGAAUCAGCGGAGCUCCAUCUCUUCGAUUUCCAGUCCGGCACAUUCAUACUCCAAGAUGCAGACGUACAGGCGAUUGUUCAAGAGACAGGUAACUGGACCUACUGGCUGCAGAUCUCGGGCAACAAGCAGCAGUGGCUCGGACAAGAAGUCAUGCCCGACAUCAACCCAGUCUUCAACUUUGAGUACCUGAGCUUUAUCUUCAAUCACUAUACAGAGGAUGGUUCGGCCUACUCGUGGUUGCUGAAAUUCAAAGACCGGGACACUCUGACCCAAUUUCAAGAGGGGCUCAUGCAGGCAAUGUGGGAGCACUUGAAUCAGAUGAAGUGGCAGAAGAUGGUCAAGGAGGCAGAGAAAGAUUAUGUUCUGGAUGCAUUUAAUGAUUUGGUGCUGGAGGACACGAAAGACGACGAGCGGGAGCGAGAGGCUGCAGAGGAAGACGAAGAGGAGGAGGACUACGAAGACGCCGUAGACCGCCCUGCCACUCCAGACUUCGAUACAGACGAGGACGAAGAUGAACACGAGGGCCUCGAUAAGGACGGCAAUGUGAACAGUCAACUGGCCGUGGGCGGAAAGGUCGACAGAUCAUUCGUUGUCAGAGGCGACAAGAUCGGCGUGUUCAAGCACUCGGACGACAACGGCCUAGAGUUCAGCACCAUGAUCAACAAGGUCGCGACGCCCAAGGGCAAGAGCUUCUCGCCGCAGAAAGUUAUGCUUCACAUGUCAGAUCGCAACAUGGUGCUCCAGAACGGCAACGAUCCCAAUAGCCUCUACCGCAUGGACCUGGAGACCGGAAAGGUUGUUGAUGAGUGGAAGGUUCAUGAUGAUAUCCCCACCAACAUUUUUGCGCCGGAGAACAAGUUUGCACAGACAACAGAUGAGCAGACGUUCCUAGGUCUCUCCAACAACGCACUCUACCGAGUUGACCCGCGUCAGAGCGGCAACAAGCUGGUGGACUCUGAGCUCAAGCAGUAUGCCAGCAAGAACGACUUCUCUGCCGCCGCGACAACCGAGAAGGGAUACAUUGCUGUGGCGUCAAACAAGGGCGAUAUUCGGAUGUUCGAUCGCCUUGGAAUCAACGCAAAGACCGCUCUUCCUGCUCUGGGUGACCCUAUCGUCGGUCUGGAUGUCAGCGCAGAUGGUCGCUGGGUUCUCGCAACUACUCGUACCUACCUUCUGCUCAUUGAUGCUCUCCAAAAGGAAGGCAAGAACGAAGGCAAGCUCGGCUUUGAGAAAGCUUUCGCCAAAGACAGCAAACCACAGCCUCGUCGUCUGGCUCUCACGCCAUCUCACGUUGCCCAAUUCCAGCACGAGACCAAGCAGCCGCUCUCGUUCACACCAGCUCGAUUCAAUAUGGGCGAAGGCAAAGAUGAGACGACCGUCAUCACCGCCACCGGGCCUUUCAUCAUCACCUGGUCCCUCAAGAAGGUCCUGGCCGGCCGCAAGGACCCGUACAGUAUCAAGCGAUAUGCGGAACAAGUUAAAGCCGACAACUUCCGCUUUGGCAGUGACAAGAACAUCGUCGUCGCGCUACCGAACGACGUGGAUAUGGUUGCGCGCAGAGCAUUGCAGAGACCUACCCGGGAGAGCAUUAUGGCAACGCCGAAAAAGAGCGCCAAGGGUAGAGGGAGCUACCUCUCGAGAAACGAGGUGGUCAAUUCGCCUUACUAG